GUAGAAACCUGGAGUGGAUUUAGAUCAGAUUCUUGAUAAACCAAACAUGUUAGGACAAGUUGAACUUUUAGUGAGCUCAAUUAACUCUACUCCGUAUCUUGCACUAUACGACAAUCCUGGAUCAAUUCCGAACAUGUUCGGAGCGUGUUUCGCAAACAAAGCCCUUCAUCUGACAGUUCAUUAACUUUGGCACUUGCCAGCCAACAAAUAUAAAUAAAAAAUAAAAAAAUACAAAUGGGUGUUUUAUACACAAUAAAGUUCAUAAAAAUUCAGAAAAAAACGGUGCUAAAAUCAGUAAAUAAUGGGAUGUUGCUGGAGUUUGCUAUGCAAAUAUGACAACUCUUCACAGAACGGUGAACCCAAUGAAAGGACACACUUACUAGUCGACCCCAUAUCAAAUAACAUCCAUAUACAGAGGGUUAGCAGUGAAAAUAUUCUAAGUAGAAAUUCAAAUGACGCCCCCAAAAAGACUGACGAACAAUCACCACUUACUAGGAUACUACCAGAGUUAGCUACUGAAAAUCUUCUAAGUAGAAAUUCAAAUGACGCCCCCAAAAAGACUGACGAACAAUCACCACUUACUAGGAUACUACCAGAGUUAGCUACUGAAAAUCUUCCAAGUAGAAAUUCAAAUGACGCCCCCAAAAAGACUGACGAACAAUCACCACUUACUAGGAUACUACCAGAGUUAGCUACUGCAAAUCUUCUAAUUAGAAAUUCAAAUGACGCCCCCAAAAAGACUGACGAACAAUCACCAGUUACUAGUAUACUAGAAGAGUUAGCUACAAAUGUCAUUGACGUUUUUGCCAUCGAUUCGUACAAUCUCCAACAGCAAGAGUACAUGGAACGAGUAAAAAUGUACAACAUCAAAAUAAAUCAGGUAUUGGCAGGCAACAGAGGAGCUCUAGCCAAUAGUUUGAAAAGUUGCUUGCUCGAAGACGUUCCGCAACCCGAAAAAAUACUCUCUGGCGAUUUGCUGAACCGCGAAGAUCGUCAUUUGAUGACGACAUCACUAUUGGCAGCUGUCAGCGCGAUAAACGACAUUCGGGUCGACCACAAGGAGGAUUUGGUCGUGCCUUUUGAACUUGGACUAAACUGCUAAAAAUAAUUGUCUUUUGGACAAAUGAUGAGGAUAAUUUAAAUUGAAACUUUGUAAAUAAUCACUACUGAAAUAGCUUUAAGAUGUAAAAGAAAAAUCAAUAAUUUUGUAUUUCAAGAAUUUAUGUAAAAUAUCAUUAUAUUUUUGUUAUAUGCUUGUUUAUUAUUAAUGUAAAAUAAAUUUGUUUGAUA